AUACUUUCCACCUGGCAGCCAGCAGCAGGCAGCCAGCAGCAGGCAGCGGGCGCCCCACUGGCUAAUGCUAAUGAGGCUGCCACACUGUCGGCUGCUAAAACACUAAUCGCCGGCGACAGCAGUCACAGCCUCUUAAGCGGCAAGUAACGUGCAGCAAGCAGUGGAGUUUGAGUUGUUUUUUCACCUGGUGGGGGUGGGUUUCAGCUUGCCCCAAAAGUGCAUUGAACUGCUUGAAGUUUCGUGUGGCAGUUUUCGGCGUAUAAAUAGCUCCUGCAAUGCCCACAAAACAGCCAAAAGCAAACUCCAGAAGCCACAAGGAUGUCGGGCAAGGACACAGCAAGUGCACUGACAGCACAGUCGCAGGUGCAGCUGGAGCUUCCCCGCCGCCGCUGGCCGCUGCUGCUGCUGCUGCUCUUCCUGGCCAGCGUCCAGGGCCACGGCCAUGUCCAUCAGCUGCAGGAGGGCAGCCACAAGCUGUGCGGCCAGGCGCUGUCCGAUGCCAUGGACGUGGUCUGUGCCCAUGGCUACAACACGCUGCCCAAGAAGCGCAGCGAGCCGCUGGAUGAGGCAGAGUUUGCGCUGAGUCCGCUGCUGUCCAGCCUGUACGGUGCCGAGGUGCUCAUCCAGACGCGACGUCAUCGCAGGCAGCGGUCAUCGGGCGGCAUCUACGACGAGUGCUGUGUGCUGUCCUGCAGCUACCAAGAGCUGGCCUCCUACUGCUUGCCCAAGUGAACACUCACCCACACAGGCAUGCAAACACACACACACACACAUGCACACAGCCAGACACAUGCCCGCAUAUACAUAGCCAUUUAUAUACACCCAUAAUCCGAUUCGUAAUCACCUAUUUAUGCAGCACAAACUUUGACUAAUGAAUAAACGAAAACUGUGCCCCAAAAAAGCAAAGUAGUUUGUCCAGCAAAAGCGAAAGUUCCC